AUGGCCGUUCAGGAUAGAACACAGGAGUUCCGGUCGUGCGUAACAACGGCUACACGCCGACUGCCGACCGCUUCUGCCAGUCGCAACAAUCUCCUGUCGGGCGCCUCUGUCCCAUUACUUGCCAACGAUGGCGAGAAAAAGAGACUUUCUAGAGGAGAAUUUGCACGACAGGCUGCGGAUAUCGGGAAGAAGAUCACGGCUACCACUGGGAAACUCGAGAGACUGGCUUUGCUGGCAAAACGCAGGACCCUCUUCGACGACAGGCCUGUCGAAAUCGCAGAGUUGACUUAUAUCAUCAAACAAGAUCUCUCUGCGAUCAAUCAAUCAAUCUCUGCCCUUCAGACCCUCAACAGAUCGAACCCUCCGGCUCAACAACAAGUUGGCGAACAUUCAAAGAAUGUGGUUGUUAUGUUGCAAGGGAAACUGGCUGAUGUUUCAGUCGGCUUCAGGGAAGUUCUCGAGGUCAGAACGAAGAACAUCCAGAAGGGCAGGGAAAGGACCGAGAACUUCGUUAGCAGUGUGAAGGGGGGCCUCAACGAUCAGGCACAAGGCCUUUCCAAAUCCCAUUCUCCGCUUUAUGCGACACCAUCUCGUACCCCGCUUCCGCAAUCCGACCUCCUCAGCUUAGAGCCAAGCAUUGAACAACAGCAACAACAAGCUCUCCUGUUAGAGGAACAGCCCUCCGACCAAUCCUAUCUGAACAGCCGAUCCGAUGCCAUUGCAGCUAUUGAAUCUACUAUUCACGAAUUAGGUGGUAUAUUCGCACAGUUGGCGGAAAUGGUCUCUCAACAAACAGAGAUGAUCCAAAGAAUCGAUGCAAAUACGGAGGAUGUUGUGUCUAACGUCAGUGGAGCGCAGCGUGAAUUACUGAAGUACUGGGGUAGGGUCAGCAGCAAUCGCUGGCUUGUCGUCAAAAUGUUCGGAAUCCUUAUGAUCUUUUUCCUGUUGUGGGUUCUCGUCAGCUAG